AUGGUUGUGCACGAGGAGGGCGAGAUCAUGCAGACCGAACAGGACCCGACGAUGGAGCUCUCUAAGUGCAAGGGAGGGCACCUGGCCUGCGCGGACUGCCGCGUCGAGCGCCCCGGGAACCAGCGGCAGUGCCAGAAGUGCGAGCGCGGCGGUGGCUUCGACGUGCGGAACACGGCGGUGGACUCCGUCCUUUUGUCGGUGAGGGUGGAGUGCCCGCACGAAGGCUGUGGGCUCUACGUCACUUACCACAAGCUCGCCGAUCACCAGAGCGUGUGUCCGCUCGCGCCCUGCAAAUGCCCCGUGCCCGUCUGCGGCUACGAAGGCCCGCCGCCGGCGCUCUACCACCACAUCAGCACCGCGCAUCCCAUGCCCGUGCACAGGAUCCAGUACGGCAAGGUGCUCCAGCUGCAAGUGCCACUAUCGGAGCCACGGCUCUUGCUGUUCGCGGAGGAGGACGGCCGCGCGUUUUUCUUGGUCGGUGGCGUGCUCGACAUCGGCGCGCCUAUCGCCGUGUCGGUCGUCUGCAUCAGAGCGGGGGCGUCCCCACUGCCGCACUACGUGGCCAAGCUGUGGGCGAACGGCCCGCCGGGGGAGCCCAAAGGCACGACCGACGCCGUCAAGGUGGAAAUGGAGGUGACAAGCAGCAAGGAUCCCGGCGACGUCGACGUGCAGGAGCUGACCUUCUUCACAGUUCCGCCCAAGCUGCUGGCCGGGGCUAAGCUGGUGUCCCUCCACAUUCAGAUUGACAAGCUCACGUCCUAA